CUUCAUCGAUCCACCACUUCUCAGAGUCAACAUGGCGGCCGUCGAGGUAGGACGUAUGUGCGAAUCCCCAGGCUGCGAUGCCUCGGCAAAAUUGCAGUGUCCGACGUGUAUCAAACUCGGCAUUCAAGGAUCCUACUUCUGUUCACAAGAGUGUUUUAAGAAGAGCUGGAAAGUGCACAAGGUGAUCCAUCAAGUGGCCCAGGGUGACCUCAACUCUGGGGGCGAAGAGAAGGAGUACCAGCCAUGGCCGAACUACCGGUUCACUGGGAAACUCAGGCCCUUUCCUCAGGGUCCGCGACGCACCGUGCCCCCGCACAUCGGCAGGCCAGACUACGCCGACCACCCUGAGGGCGUGCCAUUGUCCGAGCAGCGCGUUAAGGGCGCCUCGCACAUCAAGGCUCUCGAUGACGAAGAGAUUGAGGGUAUGCGCGUCGCGUGCCGGCUCGGUCGCGAGGUGCUGGACGAGGCCGCCAAGGUGAUAGACGUCGGCGUCACGACGGAAGAGAUCGACCGGGUGGUGCAUGAAGCUUGUGUUGACAGGGAGUGCUACCCUUCGCCUCUGAACUACAUUCAGUUUCCUCGCUCAUGUUGCACCUCUGUCAAUGAGGUUAUCUGCCAUGGCAUCCCAGAUACGAGGGCUCUAAAGAACUGGGACAUCUGCAAUGUUGAUGUUACUGUCUAUCAUAGGGGAUUCCAUGGGGAUCUCAAUGAGACAUUCUUUGUCGGUGAAGCAAAACCCGAGGCGAAGAAACUAGUGCAAGUCACUUGGGAAUGCCUGCAGAAAUCAAUUGAGAUUGUGAAGCCUGGUGAGAAGUAUAGAGAAAUAGGUAACAUUAUUCAAAAGCAUGCUCAAGCUAAUGGAUUCUCAGUUGUACGUAGCUACUGUGGUCAUGGUAUCCAUCGCUUGUUCCAUACAGCACCUAGUGUGCCCCACUAUGCCAAGAACAAAGCUGUUGGCAUCAUGAAACCAGGUCAUUGUUUUACAAUCGAACCCAUGAUAUCUCUAGGCAGUUGGAGAGAUGAGAUUUGGCCAGAUAAUUGGACGGCUGUCACUAUUGAUGGUUUGCUGUCAGCUCAAUUUGAGGAAACAUUAUUAGUAACUGAUACGGGUGUUGAGAUACUAACACGACGCUUGAAUAAAAAUGGCCAGCCCUAUUUCAUGGACCAACUUGGCAACUAAGUACCAUGUUUCCGAAGUUAAAAUCAUGCGAGUGUAUUUAGCAAUAGUGCACAGGGUAUGUGGUUGAUGUUUGUUUGCCUUUGUAAGUGAUUCUUGUGUUGUUAGUAAUUUUCUUUCUAUUUGCUGACAUUUAUUUUAUUGUCUUCACUUUCUUACGAACCAAAUUACUGAUUGUUAGAGAUUGUGAUAUAUUUGGUAGGAAUGAUACUGUGGAAGUUUGGGGGUAAAAAUGAGCAUCCAACAAAGUAUUAUAAAAUAUGUCUUACAGCAGUGAACCAAAUGCCUUUGCAACAUCUAGUCUCAUAUAAUGUUGUUGAACAGCAUUUUGGCAGAACAUGAUUUUGUAUUAUAGUGUAGAGGGAACUGGAUCAAUACUGUGAGCUUAAAAACAAAUAUUAUUAAAUUACUGUCUGAAAUGUUUCUCAGACAAUGUUUGAAGAUCCAUGUACUCUUAUGUUGUAUGUAAAUUACCCUUUUGCCAUGCUGGACUAUUGCUAUUUUGGGGACUUAGCUUUGUAAAGUUAAUUAUCUGAUGCUUUGAUGAGACAAUGUAAUUGAAAUUUAUGUACCUGUUAUCAAUAUUUUUUACCUUUUGUAUGUCCUUUUCUUUGUCAGUCAAUAGGUGUAGCCAAGACUAAAUAAAUAAGUUUGCCCUUCAAUUUUUACUCCUAAGGUUGACUUGUUAUGAUUUUGAGAUUGAAGGUGUUUUACACUUAGUCAAGUUCUUCUCAAACAAUAAUUCAUCCACUGCAUUGGGUAAUUAUUGACUUUAACCCCGUUUAGUUAAAAAUUCACAUGGAAGAUAACCAGUCCAUGAUCUGUGCCUUAUUCCUCGACAUAAUAUGCAGUCCAGAUUUUCUAGAAUACCAACCAGUGCAAAAAUAUUGACAUAGUACUUAAAUCUUGUUUCAGCAAAAAUAAGAGUUGAAAGCUAUAUUUUGUUCAGGAGAGACUUUAUUUGGAGACUGGUCAUCUAUAUUUAAAUAGUUCAAACCCCUGCCGCUUCUACAGAAGAAAUAAAUUUGUACUUCAACACACA